CCGGCCGACCCGCCGCGUCCCCGUGUCCGCUUCCCGCCCUGGGUGUCCCGCGGGGCUGCAGGGGUGCAGCGGCGAUCCCCGGCCGCGGAGCCACGCGCGGGACCACGGCGUGUCCGCCCCACGUCCCCCGACCGAGGGGCUGCGCCCGGGGGUCAGACACCUGUUCGGCCCGGCCCCGCGCGGGAACCGGGGCAGGAUGAAAGUGACAGUGUGCUUCGGCAGGACCGGCAUCGUGGUGCCCUGCAAGGACGGCCAGCUGCGCGUCCGCGAGCUCACCCAGCAGGCGCUGCAGCGCUACCUGAAGACCCGGGACCAGGAUCCGGGAUACUGGGUGAAGAUUCAUCAUCUAGAGUACACAGAUGGAGGGAUCCUGGAUCCGGAUGACGUCUUAGCAGAUGUUGUUGAAGACAAAGAUAAGCUCAUUGCUGUGUUUGACGAACAAGAGCCACUCCAGAAGAUUGAGUGCCCCAGUGGAAACCCUGUGGAUCGGCAGAGCCCAGAUGCUUUCGAGACAGAAGUGGCUGCUCAACUGGCUGCAUUUAAACCAAUCGGUGGGGAAAUUGUCGUAACCCCUUCUGCUCUGAAGUUAGGCACACCACUGCUGGUGAGGAGAAGCAGUGAACCAGCACCGGGGCCACAUGCUGAUGCCCAGCCAAGUGCUGCCAGCCAAAAUGGCCAGAGUUUGAAACCUGUUGUUCCGGAUUCCACCCAGAACUUGGAAAACAAAGAAGCUAUGAAUGGUGAACAGACAGAGCUACUAACAUCACACAGGACUACGGACGCACUGAGUGACAUGACAAGAGCGGUGGAGAUUUCUGGGGAAGGAGACCCCCUGGGGAUACAUGUGGUGCCCUUCUUUUCAUCUCUGAGUGGACGGAUCCUAGGACUCUUCAUCCGAGGCAUUGAAGAACACAGCAGAUGCAAGCAGGAGGGACUGUUCCAGGAGAAUGAAUGCAUCGUAAAAAUCAACAACGUGGAACUCCUGGACAAAACUUUUGCUCAGGCCCAGGAUGUCUUCCGCCAGGCCAUGAAAUCCCCCAGUGUGGUCCUCCACGUGCUUCUGCCUCAAAACCGUGAGCAGUAUGAAAAGUCAGUCAUUGGCCCACUGAACAUCUUUGGCAACAAUGAUGGGACCUCAAGAACAAAGGUUCCACCUCCUGCCCGUGGGAAAGCAGCUUUACAGGCUGCAAAUCUCGCUGGAACUCACAGUCCUGAAGCAGAUGAGACGAUUUCCCUGCAGCAAAGCAAGAGCCCCCGAGUUCCAAGACUAGGAAGAAAACCUUCAUCUCCCUCACUAUCCCCUCUCAUGGGGUUUGGCAGCAAGAAAAAUGCAAAGAAAAUUAAGAUUGACCUAAAGAAAGGCCCUGAAGGACUUGGUUUCACUGUGGUAACCAGAGAUUCUUCUAUACAUGGUCCUGGUCCCAUUUUUGUAAAAAACAUCUUACCAAAGGGAGCAGCAAUAAAGGACGGACGCCUACAAUCAGGGGACAGAGUUUUGGAGGUAAACGGCAGAGACGUCACAGGAAGAACUCAGGAAGAGCUUGUAGCCAUGCUGAGGAGCACCAAGCAGGGAGAAACAGUAUCCCUGGUCAUUGCCCGCCAAGAAGGGAGUUUUCUACCCCGAGAGCUGAAAGGAGAACCUGACUGCUACAUGCUCUCCCUGGAGGCAAGCGAGCAGCUCACCUUGGAGAUCCCCCUAAAUGAUUCUGGCUCCGCUGGCCUUGGAGUUAGCUUGAAAGGGAAUAAAUCCCGAGAAACUGGAACUGACUUGGGGAUUUUUAUCAAAUCUGUCAUCCAUGGAGGUGCUGCUUUCAAGGAUGGCCGACUGCGAGUGAAUGACCAGCUGGUUGCUGUGAAUGGGGAAUCUCUUCUGGGCAAGCCCAACCAUGAAGCCAUGGAAACCCUGAGGAGGUCCAUGUCCAUGGAGGGAAACAUCCGUGGCAUGAUCCAGUUGGUGAUACUGAGGAGGCCCGAGAGACCACAGGAGGAGCCUACAGACUGUGGGGUGCUUUCCAGGCCAAGUUUUGAGAACUGUCAAGAAGCUCUGAGCACCUCCAGGCGAAAUGAUGGUAGUCCAUUGUAUCCGUUUGGCACUUACAGUCCACAAAAUAGAAGGAAAGACCUAUUGCUUCCCAAUGAUGGGUGGGCCGAGAAUGAAGUACCGCUGUCCCCAUCACCACAUCCUGCUCUGGAAUGGGGCCUUGAAGAUUACAGCCACAGCUCUGGAGUGGAUUCCACAGUGUAUUUUCCAGAUCAGCAUGUCAAUUUUAGAUCUGUGACACCAGCCAUGCAGUCUGAAUCAGUUAACUUGAAAGCCUCCAAGAGCAUGGACCUUGUGCCAGAUGAAAGCGAAGUUCAGUCACUGGCUGACCGCAGACCGGACCCUCCAAGCAAAGAUUUUGGUCCAACUCUGGGUUUGAAAAAGUCCAGUUCCUUGGAGAGUCUGCAGACAGCGGUGGCUGAAGUCAGGAAGAGUGAUCUGCCCUUCCACAGGCCCAGACCACACAUGGUGCGAGGCCGGGGCUGCAACGAGAGCUUCAGAGCGGCCAUCGACAAAUCUUACGAUGGGCCCGAGGAGGCAGAAGCUGACGGUCUUUCUGAUAAGAGCUCACACUCUGGCCACGGAGCUCUGAAUUGUGAGUCUGCCACUCAGGGAAACCCCGAACUAGACAAUAUGGAAAAUAAAGGCAGGAAAGUCAAAAAGCCAAAGGAGAAGGAGAAGAAAAAGGGAAAGGGCAAGCUGAAAAUCAAGGAAAAAAAGCAGAAAGAGGAGAGUGAAGAUCCAGAGAGGAAAAUGAAGAGGAAGGGAUUCGGUGCCAUGCUGAGAUUUGGAAAGAAGAAAGAUGAUAAGGGUGGAAAGGUGGAACAGAAAGGUACCCAGAAGCCCGGGAACCUGGGAGAAGAAGAGCUGGAAAAAAUGAAAGAGGAGACGGGAAGGAUUGGAGGCAAACACCAGGAGCUAAGGGAAAAGCAGGCAGGAGUUCUUGUCGAUUAUGCUGCUGGAGCCACUGGACCAGUGCAUGACAUGGACGAUGAUGAAAUGGACCCCAAUUAUGCCAGAGUGAACCACUUUCGGGAGCCCUGCACAUCAGCCAACGUCUUUAGAUCUCCGUCUCCCCCCCGAGCUGGACCACUGGCUUACCCUCGGGAUGGGCGUCCGCUGUCUCCAGACAGAGACCACUUAGAGGGUCUCUAUGCCAAGGUCAACAAGCCGUAUCAUCCUCCAGCCCUGGCUGACAGUGGCCGUCCCAUGACUGGUAACAGUGACCGCAUCCAGAAACUUCGGAAGGAGUACUAUCAGGCUCGAAGAGAAGGGUUCCCUUUAUAUGAAGAUGAAGAGGGACGAGCAGGGCCAUGUGACAAUGACCUCCGCUGGGUGCCUGGAAAGGGUCCAGAUGGAAGCACACACAACCUCCGCUUUGAAGGGAUGGAGAGGCAGUAUGCGUCCUUACCCAGGGGAGGCUCCGCAGAUCCUGUGGACUACCUGAUGGCAGCACCCCGAGGGCGCUACAAUGAAAGAGAGCUUCCAUACUACCCCGGGCCUCAUCCUGUGCACCCCCCAAGAGGGGGCUAUCCCCGCCCCUCGGAUCUCAGGGCGGCAGAUCUCCAGCGUCCUCAGUACUACCCACGCCCACCAGCGCAUCAGCACAGAGGACCCUUCAGACAAGAUGUCCCACCUUCCCCACCGCAGCACCACAGAGUUCCGGUCUAUCAGGAGAUGGGCAGAGCAGGGCCCCGAGGGGGCAGUCCUGACCGGCACCGCUAUGGUAACCAGGAUCCCAGGCAGAAAAACCCCAUGACUGCUGCCGUAUAGCUGAACAUCGCAGAGGUCUUCCAAGCAAGGAAGCUAUCCAACACCACCUUUGCCCUUGCUAGACCCUAAGGCCUUCUCUAGUUUAAGGUGCUCCGGUACAAGUGGCCCUUGCUCACUGAGGAUGUUGACACUUGAUUGUUAAUCAGAAGAGGGAAAAGGGGGACAGGGGGUUUGGGGAUGUGGACUCCAAAGGAAGAAGGGGGAGGGGUCAUAAAAAAACAGUACUUCCUGAUACUUGAAAGGCUGGUUGAUUGAAGGAGGGUGGGAAUUGAUUAACAAUCAAUGGAGUUACACUAUAGUAAACCCUGGUUAGAAAACCAGAGCUGGUUACAAUCCCCCCCCCCUCCCACCUCAUCACCACACAUAGAGGAAGCCGCACAGAGGUACCUGUCUCGGCCAGGCCUAGUCACCCUUUCAGAGAUGGAGCUGUGAGGUCUACACAGUGACAAAGGAGAGAGGCUGUGAACACGGGUGUCUUCAUAAGACCGGUGUCUUCACUGAGAACCAAGUAACAAUAAUCGUGACCAGUGACCUCUGUGAGACUUUGGAGCCCAAGGAAGACUGCGUUUUCUUAUUUAUAGUCUACAUUGGCUACCUGGUACUGCUUGUUUGAUAUAAAGCGUCCCCAUUUCCUUGCUUUUGAUGUAAAAGCCAGUAGAAUCUGAGUGCAGCAUUAGCGUCCUGGGAGGAUGUGGAAAGUUAUCAGAGCUUCCAGAAGGAACUCUUUUCCAGCCAAGCACCACAGUGAGCAGGUGAAGAGGGCUGGCUGUCCCGUGGACCUUGCUGGUCUCUCUCCCAGGCCCUGGCAUGCAUGCUUGGACAGACAGCUGAUUCCACAGUCCUCCCCAAAUGCCUGUCAUUAGCUUCACUGAGACUUCUACUUUUAGAGUCCCACUUAAGGGGGAAAGUAUACAUGUGAGUAGCAUGGUUAAAGGAAAGAGAGCCUGCUGGUCAGGCCACACAGAGAGCAAUGUCCUAGGGAUGUCAGUUCCAGACUCAGUGCCAAACAGUACCCAUCUGCCUCUGCUACAGGGUCAGUGAGGAAGCUGGUCACCAGAAAGUAGGUGGAAGUGUGUGUGUGUGUGUGUGUGUGUGUGUGUGUGUGUGUGUGUGUGUUUCCAAACACAUGUGAUUACCAGUAUGGAGAGUAAAAGAGAAAAUUGCCUUCUGGAUGUUUGAUGAGGAAGAAAUCAGAGGAAGUAAAAGGAGAAGCUGCAUAAGAUUAAAUCAGUCUGCAUCUGCUCUAUCUCAUUAACAAAUGUCAGGGCCAAGCCAAGGGCUCCACCUGAUUUAAAAGACAAAGACAGAAAAAGUAUCUGGCUCUGGGGCGCAAGAACCUGAAAAGCCACUCUUGCUCCCUUUGAGCUUUUCUUCACAACAGAGCAUCUGAGGCUUCCAAACUGAUCCAAAUGGGAACACAAGCAAAAGACUGCGAAAUGGCAGGCACAGCCGGCUCUCUGGAUUUCUCGGUGUCUGCUAAGCUGUUCACAUUCCCUCUUCACCCCUGUCCCCAAAAGGUCUUUAGUUCAAUGUAGGCGUAUUUUGGCUGAGAGUAGAAUACCACUGACCGACAGAAUUUAGUGCAUUAUGGUAUUCUAAAAUACAUAGAGUAGCCAUCUGGCCCAAUUUAGUCUUUUUAUUUUUUUGUUAAAUAGUUUUGUUACCAAGAAUGAUGCAACCACUGGUUUUAGCCGUAAAUAGUGUCAUUUGCUGGACUUCAAGAGAGAUCAUUAUCUAAACCACAAUUAUCGUGGCCCUCUGAAAAAUUGACUGUCAAGUUGCUUUUUGUCCCCUGCCAUCUCUCUUCAGCCAGAACCCUUACAUCAUAUGUAAUUUGUUCAGUGGAGUGGGGGAGCUCAGGAUCUACCCAGCAAGGUGCUGCAGCAACACCACAGGGUCCCUGGCCACCAGACUGAAAGGGCCUUUUCUUUGGGAGAAAAGCCACAGUGAAGGAAAUGCAGCUUUGGGGGCGGGGCAAGCAUUAGACCAAGCUUAAGCCAGAUAUGGUAGCACUUGCCUAGAAUCCGGGGAGGCAGACUUCAAGGUGGAGGCUUAGCCUGGACUGCAGGGUGAGUUUGAGACCAGCCUAGGCUAUAUAACCAGACCCUGUGGUUUGUGGGGGGAGGGUUGUUGGUUUUUUUUUUUUAAGAUACUCUUUGAUGUGGUCUAUAUUUUACUCAAAUUUCGGUAAAGCACGGAUUCUGUCCAAGGCUGAAGUGUCCCCUGGCAGGAAGGCUGGACCACUUAGUGGGCCAUGGGUGGUGACAGUGGUGUGCUGUGGAGAAGGGCACCUGCAGAUGACUGCUCGUGUUUCCAGCUCCAGCACUGACACCUUAGGCACACAGCACCCUAUAUGCAGGCUUCAGAAAAGCUGCUUCAGACCUUGGCUUUGUGCUGUGUACACAGUCCAUCCAAUAGCCACUGUUCCUGAGAGGCCCUCGGAGGCUCAAAGGUAUUAUUAAAGAAAACAAAACAAAAAAAGAAAUGAUAACAGCUUUCUUUUCUUGCUUAAAAGUAUAGCAAUCUCUGCGUUUGAUCCUGCCCUAAAGAACUAACAUUCUAUUUGUGACCGAGGCUGCACCAAGCCGGGCAAUGAUUAAGAACAGCUCGGACAGUAAGCUUUAGAGAUGCCUGAGUACUAUCCCUCCAACUGUCUCCUCUCCACGUCAUCAAGACCAUUUUCCGGUGCUCUGGGAGAGGAGGUGGUUAUCUGGAAGUCCAUUCUAUUAUGAUCAGCAGGUCCCCUGAAGAAGGAAAGAGCUCCGGGAUAUUUACAACCUUGGGAAAACUCACUUGGUUAUCUCUCUGUAGUUGGAAACUGGGAGAGGGCUCAUCAAAACCUGUAAACUUGCCUCUGGGCCACUCAGCUUCACGGGUCCUCUUUCCUCCCUUUUUUCUAUGACUAGAAAGACGAGAGAGAGAGAGAGAGAGAGAGAGAGAGAGAGAGAGAGACCACCAAAAACCUUUAGUCCCUAGAAUUCAGUCUUCUCCAAGAGAGAGAAACACAGCUCAUUGGUCUAUCUAUCACACCCCUGGACUGAGGCAAUCAUCCCUCUUGGCUUAAUACAGUUUCCCUCCAGAAUUGAAUCAGGGGACAAAGGAACGUUUUCUUAAAUCAUGAUUUCAGAGUAAACAAAGCCUAGGGAAAAAAUUAUCCAAAAUCUCUUUAUUCUUAGACUUUUCAGAACAUCUGUGUUGAGCCCACAGCACCCCAUGGAGAAAAAGUCUGAUGUAUUCAAUAGAAUCCUAGAGAAACAGAGCCUUGGGGGCUCCGUUGGAGCCUUAUUUCCGCUGCUGACAGAAUAAAGUUAAAACAAGAUCCACUGCCUUGAAUUUUCUUAGCUAAACCUACCUUGUGAAAGAAAUCCUCCUGCAACUUCAGGAUCCUAGAGCUGGCUCCUGUGUUCCCUGGUCCUCAGAGAGAACAAGACCAUAGAGAAAAUCAACACCAUUCGGUUUUGUGUGCCUGCUGUUUAGUGUUUGAGCAGUGUUACUGAGUUUCAGGCCUAUGGGAAGAAGUGAAAAGCAGUUGAUAAAGGAAUGUGUCGCUGUAACACGAGAUGCACUGAGAGCAGCUUUUGAACUGGUGUUAAAUUGGGUAGACAUCCCACCGCCUCCCCAGUCCAUGUGAACAGAAAGGCCGAGUUUCACACAGUGAGACGGCAGGGAGUUCCAUUCAGAAAAGUCCAUAAUGGUGUUUCUCCGUUCUCAGUUCAUUCCAGCCUUGCAUAGAGGCGAGGCUACAGUGAGAUGGGGAAGGGGGGAAGGGGAUUCUUCAUAAAUUAUCCCUACAGAGUCACCUUUCUAGUAAAAAGGAGGGCAAAAAAGUUAGAGAUCUAAAAAUAAGCCAGGAUGCUCACAUGAAACUAUGGCUUCAAAGUGUACCUUUCUCCCUCCUCUCCUUAAAUAGACAUGCAGUCACCCACAGCCUGGCUGUUGAAGUGGGUUUGGCUACUAAGCUCCAAGUGGGAAGAGAACCAUUCCCAAAGGCCUUGGCCCGCCCUUCAGAAAGCGUUCCCUUCCAUCUGCAAUGCUGGUGACGGCUGGGACACAACACGAACCCUGUUCUUUAUGCCCUCACUUUCUCUAGUCUCUCCCGUUCUUCUGUGAUCAACGAGUCACCUGUUCACACAUUCUAAAGAUAAAUUAUGUGAAAUCAUAUUUUGGCAUACGGGGAUGGAGAGUGAAUUCUCUGCAAACUUUUUAAUAUGGUUCCAUUUAUAUCACUGAAGACAUUUUGGAUGUUAUUGUAUAUGAGUAUAUAAAUUUUUCAUGUUUUAUUUUGCAUUAAAAUAAAGCUUUAUUCAAUCAGUGAUA